AGCUCUUCCGCCUCGGCCCACAGACUAAUAGAAGACUCGGUUAAAUCGAUGUCAAGACCGCCUCUUCUCCCAACAGCAUAGUCUUCUCGCUCAGGCUGAUCAGUCAUGGCAUCCCCGGCUCCCUCCGCGCUGUUCAACGAGAAACCUCUCCUGGUCAGAAACCCCUCGGGUUCAGGUUCGGCUAGAAGCAGGAAGCACAACCCUAUCCUACCUUUCCACAAACAAGUCAUCAAAGAGCUAGCUAGUCCGGAAGAGGAUGAUUUGCUGGUCAUGGCCAAGGGCCUGGGUAUGCGGAGGAUCAUCACACAUCUUCUGAAGCUCUACGAUGCGCAGAGAAAUCUGGUCAUCAUCGUAAAUGCAUCGCAGUCCGAUGAAGAUGGGCUCGGGGAGGAUCUCUCUAACUUGGGAGUUAGGAAACCGGGAUUGAGACAGGUGGGAUACGAGAUGAACGCAAAGCAGAGGAAGCAACUGUACGAAUCAGGAGGUUUGAUCUCGGUGACGAGCCGAAUCUUGGUCGUAGACAUGCUUACCAAGAAUAUCCCCACAGAAUUGAUCACCGGAUUCGUUGUUCUUCACGCCGAGCGUGUCAUACAGACUAGCCUGGAAGCGUUUGUCGUUCGACUAUACCGUCAAUCCAAUCUUAACGGCUUUUUGAAAGGUUUUUCGGACGAGCCAGAAAGUUUCAGCUAUGGUCUGAGCCCAAUGCAGGGGGUCAUGAAGAACCUUUGUUUACGACGAGUACACCUUUGGCCUCGAUUCCACGAAAAGGUCCAAGACAGUCUCCAAGCUAGGAAAGCAGACGUUGUGGAACUAUAUCAACCGAUGUCCAAUCUGAUGCAACAGAUCCAAGGAGCAGUCAUAGAAUGCAUGGAAGCUACUCUGGGAGAGCUGAAGCGGAGUUGCACCAAUGUCGACCUGGACGACUUGACGGUAGAGAACGCGUUGUUCAGGAAUUUUGACCGGAUCGUUCGGCAUCAAUUGGAUCCAGUCUGGCACCGAGUGGGAAACAAGACAAAAAAACUCAUUGCCGAUUUGACCCAACUACGGCAAUUGCUAACAUAUCUGCUGUCAUAUGAUGCCGUCUCUUUCCAUUCAUAUCUCGAGACCAUUAUUGCGUCAAAUUCCACCGAUAAGGGCACGGCGAAACAAAAUCAGAGUCCUUGGCUCUUCCUUGAUGCUGCAAACACGCUAUUUCAGUCGGCAAAACGCAGAGCGUACCUGACAAAACCCAGAGCACCUCAGCUCGCUCAAGCGAAUGGUGCUGCUAGCACCCAAGAUGGAGACGAAGCCGAAUGGGCUGCGGUACGAGCGGCGGAGGAGCAAGAAACCCCGGCUCAGACCACGGCCGACCGGAAUCCGGGGAGAAAAUCCCGUACUACUGGGAAAUGGCCAGAAGGGGUUGAACCUAUCCUUGAGGAGCUGCCAAAAUGGGGACUGCUCGGACAAGUUCUGGAAGAGAUCGAGUCACAUAUCGCAUAUGAACCGAUCGAUUCAGUCCACCCCGGUGCCAAUACCGUGCUGGUGAUGUGCCAAGGCGAGAGGACCUGCACUCAACUGAGAGAGUAUCUUGCGACUAUGAGCCCAUUCGUGCCUGGCAUGACCGAAAAAACGGAACAAGCCGGUAGACAAAUGAUGGAGAGACUAUUACGGACAUAUUUCUUCUGGAAGAACGGUCUCCGAGAUAUCAGUCAGAAUUUCAAGAAGAGAACGACAGCCAUGCUGGCUGAAGAUGCAGCUGCAUCGACAUUGAACACCGUCAACAGUCCUGCAAGAGGGGGGUCAGGCUACCAACGGGGAGGCCAGCCUCCCAACAAACGACGGAGGGUUCGAGCUUCCAGUCUAGCAGCGAGUGUGGCCGAUCGAAAUAGGCAGAAACUGAGGACAGGGGAAGAUAAGGAAAUCGCGAUCGAAGCGGAGAUGGAAGAGGAAGCCGGAGGUAUAGCGGAUUUUUUGAAAGCAUCUCAACAGCCACCUCCUCCGAACGAUUAUGAAGAUGAAGAGGAUCCUCUCGCUGUAGUCGAUCUCACAGACGAGACUCAGCAGACCCUGCUAGCACCUUCGGCUCAGCAGAGUUUAACGGACGAUUUUGACGAGGUCGCGUUUCAAUCGUAUUUCGGGUUGAUCCCGGCAGAAGACCUGGUCAUCAUUCGACCGUAUUCAGGUGAAGAGGACGAAACGACAUUGCAGGAUAUCCGUCCGAGGUUUAUCGUUAUGUAUGAUCCGGAUCCGGCGUUCAUCCGACGAGUCGAGGUCUAUCGGAGUACCAAUCCCGGCCUGGGUGUGCGUGUUUACUUUAUGAUCUAUCAAGAUUCAGUCGAGGAACAGAAAUACUUGAGCGGUCUGAGGAAAGAGAAGGAUGCCUUUGAAAGGCUGAUCCGGGAGAAAGCCAACAUGCUCAUUCCCAUCAAUAUCCACCCACGUGCGCCGCAUAACCUGGAGAGCCGGGCGAGAACGAUUAGCACGAGAAACGCGGGCGGAGCAGCUGCAGCCGAGAUGUCACGGGUCAUCGUCGACAUGCGAGAGUUCCGGUCUACCUUGCCAUCACUUCUCCAUGCAGCCGACAUUGAGGUCGUACCAGCGACUCUGCAAGUCGGAGAUUACAUCAUCACCCCCACUAUGUGUGUUGAGAGGAAAAGUAUACCCGAUCUGAUCCAGAGUUUCACGUCGGGAAGACUCUUUACGCAAUGCGAGGCCAUGAGCGCACAUUACGCUCAACCGAUCUUGCUGAUAGAGUUUGAAGAAAACAAAUCCUUCAAUCUAGGCGCGAUCGUCGAAUCUCGUGCGCUACCUCGACCCGCUCGAGAGAAAGAUGCUCAGCCAAGCAAAGAAGGGAUCGAUAUGACCUCGAUACACGCAAAACUAGUGCUGCUGACUCUGUCGUUCCCACGGCUACGAAUCGUCUGGUCUUCUUCGACUCAAGCUUCUGUCGAUAUCAUCGCCGAUCUCAAGAUCAAUCAUCCCGAACCGGACCAAGCCAAGGCCAUCACUAUUGGAGGAGAAGAGGAUUCCGCGGAAAUGGGCCCUAAUGCGGCAGGAGGAGACAGCUCUGGUCUGUUCAAUACCGGACCCGAGGAGAUGCUUCGCGCUCUUCCAGGGGUCAAUUCAAGAAAUUACAAAUUGAUCUCUAGCCGAAUAGCUACUAUCCGCGAGCUGUGUGAAAUCGAGGACAGCAAAAAGAUGCAGGAAAUAAUCGGGGAUGAAGAAGGCGGAAAGAACCUUUUCACCUUUUUGAACAAAGACAGUCGGUAGCACAUAGGAGAGAAGCAAACAUGAGAUGUGAUCUCUCGGUCGGCUAGCUGCGAAGCGCCUGUCAUGUUUGCACGCGAAUGAAACUAGUUGUAUCGUGGAACAGCCGAAAGUACAAGCACGGGAGGAGCUACAUAAAGGGCCCGAAAGGAAAAUUGCAUAUCUUAUUAUCGACCUGAAACAGCUGUCCUGCGAGCAUACAUUGAACAGUCA